GCUGCAUCCCACCUCGAGACUGCUGGCAUCCGUCAGAAACAGCGCGCGCACGUCUCGAGCGAGACGGACCGUUAAAAGAUGUGAUUGUUUUUUCUUUCUGUCUCCGACAGUUAUCUUUAUUUUACAGAGAAACAAAGAUGAGAAUAAACUACUGUGAUACCACUUGCAUCCUAGUCAUUCUUCAGACGCUGUGGUGGGGCUUGAAAAGUCAAUGUGAAGAACAAAUCGAAAGCUCCAAACUCAACCUCUCGGUGACCUAUGACCUCCCUCAAUUUGUGUCUGACACUCCUAUCCAGAAGCUGUUGGAAUUCAAUGGAACUGUGUACAUAGGUGCCGUCAACAAGCUCUACACCCUGUCAAAACAUCUAAAGAAGAUACAGGAGUAUAAAACCGGACCAGUGCAUGAGAGUCCAGACUGCAAGGCGGCAAGUCCAUGUGAUGGUUGCAAAGACAUACCCCUUAACACUAACAACACCAACAUGGCACUGCUGAUGGAGACAUUCUAUGAUCUUGAACUUUUCAGCUGUGGCUCAGUUGGGAAUGGUGUCUGCAGCCGUCACGUGUUAGAGGAUGGUCCCUUGGAUGCGGAGGUAACUUGCAUGUAUACAAAGAAGAAUGAAGGCGGAAGUCACGGCUGUCCAGACUGCCUGGCCGGGGUCUCAGGCACUCAGAUCCUCAACGUGAUGAGUAGUGGCGUGGUGAGGUUCUUUGUUGCGAACUCAGAACCUCUUGACCCAACCAGCACCUUUCUGCACCACACUAUUUCGGUUAGAAAGAUGAAGGAGACUCAAGAUGGCUUUGAAUUCUUUUCUGAGCAAUCUUACAUGGACUUAGCUCCAGAUUUGCGCGGGAACUACCCCCUGCGCUAUGUUUACUCCUUUCAGAGUGGCCCAUAUGCAUAUUUCCUCACUGUCCAACAGGAAGGUGGGAGCUUGAAUGCCUUUCACACACGAAUUGUUCGCAUGUGCUCGUCAGAUCCGGAGAUACUACGAUACGUAGAAAUGCCCUUCGAGUGCAUUUACUCAGAGCGAAGGAGAAAGAAGCGCUCAGCACAGCUGGUUUUCAAUGUCCUCCAGGCCGCACAUGUUGCCAAAGUCGGCUAUGACUUUCAGCAAGAGAUGGGCCUGAAAGAGGGUGAGGACGUGCUGUUUGCUGCCUUUGCCCGCAGUAAGCCCGAUUCGCCAGACCCCACAGCGAGCUCUGCAGUGUGCCUUAUCUCUAUCACGGACAUCAAUAACUUCUUCAGGGAUUUCAUGCAGAAGGGUUACACAAGGAAGCUCUACCACUUUACAGGAUCAGAAGAGAAAACCUACAACCAGAGCUUUGUGGGAGAUUCCUUUGGCUGUGGGAAACAUGAAAAGGGCUACCGGCUCCAGGUUACGAGCACCAACCCACGUCGGGACUACUUUCAUGGACGGUUUCGGAAUGUUCUUCUCACUUCUAUAGCUGUGGUACCAAUUCAAAAUCACACAGUGGUCAGCUUAGGCACAGCUGAAGGGCGGGUCAUCCAGGUGGUGGUUUCCCGCUUUGGCAAGACCGAGCCGCAUGUCGAUUUCCGCUUGGACACACUCCCUGUGUCUGCAGAGAUGGCCCUGAUGUCUCCACAGCGUCAGGGUGGCUCCUUAUUGUUGGUGACAGGAAACAAGGUUACUAAGGUUCCUCUGAUAGGCCCUGGCUGUGAACAGUUGUGGUCCUGUAGCUCGUGUCUCCUGGCUCCAGCCUUCAUGGGUUGUGGAUGGUGUAAGACUGCAGAUAGCUGCACAAGGGCUCCUCAUUGCUCCCUCUCCCAUUGGAUCCAGGACUUCUGCCCCCUCCUCAUCACCAAGAUUUCUCCUUCUUCUGCUCCACUCGAAGGCCACACCAAUGUGACAAUAUGUGGCAAAAACUUUGGUUUUAAUAAGAAAGACCGUUUUGAUACCAAGCUGAUCGAGGUGACUGUUGCUGGAACAAAGUGCAAAUUGGAAAGGAAAGACAGUAGCAGUAAUCGGUUGGUCUGCGGACUCGAUCAUGUGAAUGAUGCAUCCAGCGUUGACUCUUCGGUCAGGGUGCGCAGUGGCAAGGAAGAAGCUAAGAAAGAUGGUUUCUCAUUUGUGAACCCAGUUAUCACAGAGAUCUUCCCAGAGUUUGGACCCAAGUCUGGAGGAACGGUGCUUACUCUCAGGGGUUCAUUCCUGGACAGUGGAAAUGUGCAACUGGUUACCAUGGGAAAUGCUACCUGUGUGUUACAGAGUGUUUCAGCCACAAUACUGAAAUGUCGGACUCCACCUCAGCCAUCACAGUCUGAACAAAACAAGGUACUGCUGCACAUUGAUGGAGUGAUCCGUGAAGCUCCCGUCAUCUACACCUACAAUAAGAACCCACACAUCUCCAGUGUCCAGCCUAAGCAUUCCUUCAUCAGUGGAGGAAGCACAGUGACAGUGAAUGGUAUGUUCCUCAAAUCAGCCCUUCAACCUCAGAUGGUUCUCACCGCCGCCACAGAGGGCAAAGUCUUCCAAGUGACCUGCAGCCAUGAUGAGGACAAGCAAAAUAUCCUGUGUAUCACUCCUUCCCUGAAGGGCCUCAAUGUUCAGCCUCCUGUUGCCACAAAAAUGACCUUUGUACUAGAUGGUUUCUCCACCGAUCAAUACGACCUAUUGUAUGUGGAGGAUCCCAAGUUCGAGGAGUUUCAGAAGCCCACCGUUAUACCAAGAGGCAACAAGAGUAUUCUGGAGAUUAAGGUCCCUCCUGUGAAUCAAGAGGCAGUGAAAAAUGGAGAGGUGCUGAGAGUUUCGAACCGGACCUGUGAGAGCGUCACUCUGGUGGGCGACACGCUUGAAUGCACCGUGCCAAUGGAGCUCCAGACAGCCACUAAUGAGCUGGAGGUGGAGUGGAAGCAGGCCACAUCCUCUGUGAUCCUGGGUCGUGUGAUAUUGGCUCAAGACCAGGACUAUAGGAUACUGAUUACAGGAGGAAUCUGUGUGUCCUUCUUACUGCUGCUCCUGAUUGGAAUCUUUGUUUGGUUCAAGAGAAAGAAGCAUAUUGAUGAUUUAGCUAAGGCUAUGGUUUGGUAUGAUGGCCGGGCUCACAUUCCGCACUUGGACAUGUUGGCAAACGCGAGGAGUGUCAGUCCGACUAAUGAAAUGGUCUCUCAUGAGUCGGUGGACUAUAGAACUACUUUGCUUGAGGACCUAAACUUGCCUCUGUCGCAGACAGAGACUUGCCGGCCUCAUCUCUAUGCACAUGCCCAUGUGGAUCUGUCUCCCAUGCUCCUGCCAAUGGAAGGGGACCUGGCAUCUCCGCUGUUGCCCACUAAUGCACCCAUAGAUUUGGGCAGCCUCCACCCUGAGUUGCUGAAGGAAGUGCAGCAUGUGGUCAUUGCCAGGGAAGAUCUGCUCCUGCAUGUGAAUGAGAUCAUCGGGAGAGGGCACUUUGGCUGUGUGUUCCACGGAACACUGCUCGAACCAGAUGGCCAAAAGCAGCACUGCGCCAUCAAGUCCUUAAACCGAAUCACUGAUAUUGAAGAAGUAUCUCAAUUCCUGAAGGAGGGCAUCAUCAUGAAAGAUUUCAGCCAUCCCAAUGUGCUCUCUCUCCUGGGAAUAUGCCUGCCCAGCGAGGGCUCACCUCUCGUCGUGUUGCCGUACAUGAAACAUGGUGAUCUGCGCAACUUUAUCAGAGACGAGACUCAUAACCCCACAGUGAAGGAUCUGAUGGGUUUCGGUCUACAGGUGGCUAAAGGAAUGGAAUAUCUUGCCAGCAAGAAGUUUGUACACAGAGACCUUGCAGCCAGAAACUGCAUGCUUGAUGAGAGCUACACAGUAAAGGUGGCUGAUUUUGGUCUGGCCAGAGAUGUGUAUGAUAAAGAAUACUACAGUGUGCACAACAAACAUGGGGUGAAGCUGCCCGUCAAAUGGAUGGCUUUAGAAAGUCUUCAAACACACAAGUUCACCACCAAAUCAGAUGUGUGGUCUUUUGGUGUGUUGCUAUGGGAACUCAUGACCCGGGGUGCUCCACCUUACUCUGAUGUGAACUCCUUUGACAUCACAGUCUUCCUACUUCAAGGUCGAAGACUACUACAACCAGAGUUUUGUCCGGAUGCACUAUACAACGUAAUGAUAGAGUGCUGGCACCCUAAACCAGAGCGCCGUCCCACUUUCUCAGAGCUAGUGUCCCGCAUCGCCUCUAUCUUCUCCAGCUUCAGCGGCGAGCACUACAUCCUCCUCAACACAACCUAUGUCAACAUCGAUAAGAUGACACCCUACCCCUCUCUCAUCUCCUCUCAGAGUAACCUGGACCGUGACUGCUGUACCUGAAAGAAAAGGACCAGACAGAGGGAGGGACAGAGAGUGAGGGAGAGGAAAAGGACUUAUUUGCUGUUUCUGAAAGACACUGGACUCACUGCCAGGGAUAGCUUUCAUUAUUAAUAGAGGAGGAAAGCUGCCCAAGGACACUGUGAAAGACUUAAAAGGCACAAACACUCCCUUAAUCACUGUAAAUAGAUUAUGAUGAACCGUGACCUGUGGAGUUGAGGUUCUCCACUCAAGCAUGAGAUGGUAGUGCUCCCCUGGGACAGAGACUGAACUGCACCUGUAGUAAGUCCAGGCUUAGAUUGACAUCCUAGAGCGGUUGGUGUAGUAAAAACUGUUGUUUCAAUGGUGGAGUGUCUAUGUAAGGGUUUGUUUUUGGAAAGACUUCACUGAGCAAUUGCUCAUUGAUCAAUUGUCACCCCAUUAUGGUUUCAUCUGUUCAUUGUACGGUUGCAUUCAGAUGCUUCUUGAAGUAUGUGCCCAUCUGAUUCAUUCACAAUGCAACUGAAGCUUUUCUUGAUUGAGCAAUCAGAAAUGGUCUUGUAGUAGUUUGGUAGAAGAUGCUGUCCAAAGCUUCAGUUGCAUUGUGCUCUCUGGGGUAACGUAGUGUAUGUUGGGCAUUUUAUUUUCUGUGAAAAAUGUAAUAUAACAUUGUGCAUGCAUUCGUACUAUGAACUGAACGCAGCAUAAUGAUGAAGUUAUUAUUGGAACACUGGACAGGUAACAUGUGAAAUUUGCCCUUAAACCUGUCAAUGUUCUUUUGUGGCUGUGUACUUAAGGAAAAGGGCAUUCAGUUUCAUAUUUGACCCUUUGCUAAGUUCCGCCCCCCUUGAUUACUGCUGCUCGUGUAACCGGUCCUGCUCAACCCGCUCCACACGUUAUUUUAACCGGCAUGGGAGGCGGGCGCGCUAACGAGGAGUCUAAAUGCUACAGCCUCUAGCGUCAGUCACUAGUGUGCCAGGGGAGUGAGGUUUACAUACUGCACAGCUACCUAGCAACUGGCUCCGUUACACAUACUCUGACAAGCUCAGCAGAACUUCCCAUAGGAAUGAAUGGGUGUUUGUCGUUUUUGGCUAAAUAUUCUCAUAAACGACCUUGAUAAUAUUCUUAUGUGGGCUGGAAUGAAGAGUGACAUUGUAAAACAUGUUUACCAGAUGUUUAUUGUUAAAUAAAUGGUUAAAUUACAUAGUAAUUUGAUUGAAAACUGUGGAGACUGUGAAUCAGAAUCGAGGCAAACAAUUAUCAUCAUUAUAGUCAACAAAAGUGUCAUUUGAUGGCAAUUACACACCUGAAAACAGUGUAAGUGAACAGAAUUGCUAAUAACAUCCCAUUACACACUCACUAUGAUGCUGUAAACUCUAUAUUUACUAUCGCCUUUAUUAAGACCUAAAUUAAUUAACAUUAAGAGUAAAUUAUAGGUGUCCUUCCUGAUAUUAUACAUGUUCAUUUGAGAAUGAGGACUGAUACAGUUUAAUCCAUAGCUAAAAAAAAAAUAAGAAAAAACUAUGUGUGUCCUCUAUGUGUUCCUGGUGAGGCUAUUACAAGUGACCCAGCAACAACGUUUGUAACAUUUUGUGCAUAAUUAUAAAACUCUGCUUAAUACUGGCCAAACACAUAUUACUCCCAUAGUCUCUGAUUGGGAAAAGCAAGCGAUGUCUGAAAAUGUCGAACUGCAAUAGUUGUUCAAAACGAAUUGGUCAGAAACGCUUUAAGGGCGGGUCUUACCGAAGGGUCAAUUAGACAAAUGCCUCUUUAUGAAUCAUCUGUUGCUGUUUUCUUCUUUCUUUUUUUCUUACAACCUUACCAUUUUAAUCUUUGCAAGAAGACUUCUUUAUUUUUAUAGAAUCUGUUUAACCUUAGUGUCAAAGCUAGGCUCACAUGUAAUCUACUCGCCUUUUUCACAUUUCCUGCACUGAUUGUGCAGGAAAAUGCGGAAUAAAUUUGAAGUCAACAUGAAACAGCAUUUACAAAAAUUUUUACUCUAUGUAUGUGGCAUUAUUUAGAGUGAACCAGGAUAUUCAAUGAGAAAAAAGUGGAGCAGUACUUUAAUUUAUCCAUUAGGAAUUGAUUGCAUCAUGAAAAGUGGGCAGUACCCUUUGCAUACCAGAAUGGAGCCAAGUAAUUGAAGAGAGGUUGAAAAAUAAGGGGGCUUAGUUACAUCAGCCGAAAGGUAAAUUAAUGUCAGACUCGGUCGGAGAGAGAAUUACAUUUUGAUGAAAGAUUGCAGAUGAAUAUUUCCUUUGGAAUAAUGUGGAUGGAUUCAUUGUUCUCAAAAAGACCAGGAAUGUGCAUUUAAGGUGCACUCUGUAGUUUGUUCCUCAUUUAAAAGGUUUUGCUUGUAAAGAAAUGAAUUGUAAUUUUGAAACUUAUGUAUAAAAUCAUGAGCACGCACAUGAGAUGGAGACUCCAGUCAUAUCAGUAAAACCUGUUUUAUUCUACAUGGAGAGGGUCUCCUUAUAGGGGCUACCAUGUUUGAAUCACAUGACCAUAUGAUUAUUACUACCAUACAUGUUAUGGUAGUAUUAUUAGACAUGUUCACUCAGGGAUUUAAUACAAUGCCGUUUGAAUAAUGCUGCAUCCAAGCCAUGAAGUGUCAGUGUACGGCCAAGAUGGCAUAUUUAAAUAAAAAAAAUGCUAAUUGCAUCUUUAAGAAAGCAAUAUAUUCAUGUUGACUUUAAAUAUGAUUAAUGUGUCAAAUUGAACAUAAAGGACUUAAUUAUUAGUAUCAAAUUUGCCAAAACAUUAAUAAGCAAGAGGUGUCUGUAGAACCAUGUGAAUGUCAGUAACAGAUUAUAUGCAGGCCUGGAAAUUCCUAUAUAGAAGAUGACAAUGAAUGUGUGUUGCCUUAUUGGACUACUGGUUGAUGUAAAUAAUUUUUCUCACUACUCUUCUUGUCUGACUCGCUGUGUGUUACGUGUAUAUAUAGCCUAUGAACACAGUAUAAAUUUAGACGGUUUGGUACCAAUCAAAUAAUUAAUUAGGUCAAUCAACAUUUCAAUCUCUAUGUGAGUUAAAGAUAUUGUGUACUUGUUACAACAGAACAAUUAACAGAUUCAAUCUUAAAUAAUUUAGUAAACUCUUUAUUUUUGAGCCUUUACAGUAUCUGUCUGUUUUUAUCUAAGAACUGCCAAACUCUCUCCUUGUGAUGUCCCUAUAUGGAGAGAGAAAUUACUCAGAGAUGGUACAUUUUUCAAUAUUUCUGUUGUUUCAGU